AUGCCAUCUCAUCCUCAUAACUCCAAAGCCUUCAUUCCUCUGAAUGACGGCUCUCAUCAUGAAGCAGCAGAAGAUGCCCAUGCCGCUCCCAAGCGAAUCGUCAUCUGCUGUGACGGCACUUGGCAGUCUUCUGUAUCAGGCCUCAAGAACAUCCCGUCCAACGUGACAAGACUUGCCCGUUCCAUUGCUCGCAGCGGCAAGGAUAAGGACGGAAAGGUCUGGCAGCAGAUAGUUUACUACGAUGCCGGCAUUGGCACCGGAGAUCUAGGCCAAGCAGAAGCCAACCGACAGGGAGGCACAGGCAUUGGGUUUGUAGGUAAUGUCAUUGAAGCUUACAACUUCAUUGUUCUUAACUACAACCUUGGCGAUGAGAUCUUCUGCUUUGGCUUCUCACGUGGAGCGUACACUGCUCGUGCGGUAGCCGGCCUCGUCACUGACAUUGGCAUUGUCUGUCCCCAAGACCUUCAGGAUUUCCCAGACCUGUACGCCCUGUACCAGCAGAAUCCUGACGGUUUGCACUUCCGCAAGUCACAGGCUUAUCUGGAGUGGGUUAACGGAGUGCAUUCUAAGAAGCAGGCCAACGGAGGAUCUGGAAUUCCCUCUGAGUGGGAUAGCCCUCCUCAUCAUGAUGCGCCUGAAUCUUCGAGGUUUGUCAAGGUCGUGGGUGUCUUUGACACAGUUGGUAGUCUGGGUAUUCCAGAUUUGCCCUGGACUCGCUUCAACUUGAAGUUCCUCGAAAAGGCUGUUGGUAUCUCCGAGCCCGGCUUCCACAACAUUCACCUCAGCCCUUAUAUUCAACAUGCAUACCACGCACUGGCUCUUGAUGAACAUCGAGCUCCCUUCUCGCCCAGUCUUUGGCACUUCCCAACCAGCAAAGACCAGUCGCCAGAGCCUGAAAAGGAUCUAGAGCAGCUCUGGUCCAACUGGGAAAAGGUGCACUGCAAUCCCAGUUCCAGCAAGAAAGAGCUGCAAGAAGCCUGGGGUGCCGUCGUUGACGGCGAGAUGCAUGAACAGUUGCGCGACAACAAGUCUGAGCUUCUCCAGGUCUGGUUUCCUGGUGUGCAUAUCAACAUUGGUGGUGGAAAUGACGAUCUUCUUACUGACAAGAAGAGUGAUUUCGAACAAAUUGCGCUUAUCUCGUUCGCCUGGAUGUGCGAGCAGGUCGCUCCAUACCUGCAAUUCGUUCAAGAUGGCAGCUUGGGCGACCUGGGCAAAUCAGCAGUCCAAGACCGCUACAACCUCCUCAAGCCUCUCCUAACCGAUAUCCAGAACGGCGAGGAGAAGGAUUUCGGCGGUGGUCUACUGACAAGUCGCAUCGCAGCCUCCCUGGAUCGCACAGGUAUCAGGAAAGCAGAUGUGCGCAAGAUCCCAGAAGAGACUGUCAGCGGCUGGGCAACUGGUCCCAUCGUCGAUAGCUUCACAGGUGCCAUGGUCGCUGGUGGAUCAGUCGACAGAGCGCCUGGUAACUAUACCAAAGACAACAAGGGUCGAGAGCUGGGCGAGACGUACGAGAUGAUCCAUCCGUGUGUCAAGUACCGCAUGAGCAAGGUGCCCAACUACAAGCCCAAGGCUCUGCGUGGGUUUGAGAGGGCUGCUGAUGGUGGAAAUGGUUAUGUGUGGAAGAAGGGUAAUGUGCAGAUUCCCGAGUUUGUGAUCAAGACUGGAGAUGCGUUCUCAAGACAUGUUGCUCAGCAGGAUCGCUAUGCGACUGACUUCAUCAAGUCGAUUGAUACUGUUGUGGUUUGA